AUGUCGUGGGAUUGUCCAUUACAUCAAGGAGGGAAUGCGGGAGGGGCGCAACCCCAACAGCAGAGAGGACAAGCUGCAAGGCCACGAGCGUACGCAGUCGAAGGUCGCGAAGGAGCCGAACCAAUCGCGGGGUCUAUCGCGGUCGGAGGAGUGACAACAUUCACUCUCUUCGACAUUGGGGCAGCUCACAGUUUUGUAAGCCCUAGACUUACACGUGAGUGGAACUUUAAGGGAAACUUCAACACCAUGGUGACGGGAGUCGAGACUGCAGGAAAAGAGAAAAUGGCCACGAGGGGAAGGUAUGAAGAGGUGCCAAUGAUCCUCGCAGGAGUGAACCUACUCGGGGACUUACUGGAGUUAGAACUAGGGCGUUACGAAGUGAUAUUGAGAAUGGAUUGGCUAGCACAACACAGGGCUGUAGUCGAAUGUGCCAAGGCAUGCGUUAGAUUUCCGCUAGAUGGGAGGCAAAUCGUGUACAGAGGAAUGAGAACUAGGACCGGGAUAUCCGUGGUAUCAAUGGUUCAUGCCGAAGAAGCAAUCCGGAAAGGAGGAGAAGCCUUCCUAGCCACUAUAGAAAUGGUGGGGGAGACCGAAGCACCAAAACUGAGAAGUAUUCCUGUAGCGGCGGAGUAUUCAGAUGUGUUUGAACCACUACGCGGACCCCACCUCACCGAAAUAAUGCCUUUACGAUUGAGCUAG